GUCAAAGUCCCUAACCAAUUAUGUCUGUUAUGGGGGAUAUUAGUGAAGGUGAAAGGAAAAAACAGAAAAUAGACCAGGAAGAAACAGAUACUAAACAGAAUUCUUACAAUGAUAAAUGGUUUAAGGGAAGAAAAGAUAGUGGAACUGGGUCUUCUUCGUUGAUAGGGUCUGAUAAUAACUCUUGGUCUGUUAGACAAGAUUUGAGGAAAACUCCAUGGGGAUCUCCUGCUGCUAGGCUUUGGAUGGAAGCAAAAAACUUUUAUCAGAAAAAUAGUUCUAGUUGGGAACCUUGGGAUGUUAAUGUGCUGAAGGAUAAUAGUGAGCAACAAGUUCCAGAAAAAAUGAUGAUGGAUGGGAUAGAAGAAAAUGUUAUUAACAUGGAAAAUUCAGAAGAAGAUAGCAAAGAUGAGGAAUUAGUGGUUAAUAUUCCUUUGUUUUCUGAAGUUAGAGAAGAACCAAGUGUGGAAGAGGAAUCUAAAAUAAGUGAUGAUUCCAAAGGCAAAGCUAUCAUAGUUAGUGAAGAUUUUACUGCUGACAAAGGGACAUCAAUUCCAAAUAAUUUUGAGGAAGAUGUAGUUAAAGAAGAUGACAUUCUUAUGAUUCAACCUCUGAAGUCUUUGCCACCUGAAGAUCCAAUUUGUAAUACAAAGGUGUCAUUUGUCAGAAGAUGUGCCAGAUUUGCUGCUCUUGAACCAAUGUCUGCUUUAGAUAGAGCUACUUCAAGAAUGGAGCAGAUUGACAAUAAUUUUACUCCUGGAGUCACUGGUGGUUCAGGACAAAUUGUUUAUAGAAAACUGAAGGAGAGGGCGGACAAGUUCAAUGCAAGGGGACUUGUUAGGACAGAGGCGAGCAAGGAGAAAAUUGGAGGAGCUGAUGACAUUUUUGUAGCUGAUAUACGAGACGCUGAAAGGAUUGCUCCUGCUGUUGAAGGAGCUGAUGUGCUUGUAAUUCUCACGAGUGCUGUUCCGAAAAUGAAACCGGGGUUUGAUCCUAGCAAAGGUGGAAGACCCGAGUUUUAUUAUGAGGAUGGUUUGUACCCUGAACAGGUUGAUUGGAUUGGCCAAAAGAAUCAGAUUGAUGCUGCUAAAUCUGCUGGUGUGAAGCAUAUUGUCUUGGUUGGGUCUAUGGGCGGAACUAAUCCUAAUCAUCCCUUGAACAGCCUUGGGAACGGAAAUAUAUUGAUAUGGAAGCGAAAGGCUGAACAGUAUCUAGCAGACUCUGGAAUACCAUACACAAUCAUAAGAGCUGGUGGUUUACAGGAUAAAGAUGGUGGCCUACGAGAACUAAUCAUCGGAAAAGAUGAUGAACUCCUGCAGACUGACACGAAGACGAUCCCUAGAGCUGAUGUUGCCGAAGUCUGCAUCCAAGCUCUGCAGUUUGAUGAGGCAAAGUUCAAGGCAUUUGAUCUUGCAUCUAAGCCAGAAGGGGUUGGUGAACCAACCAAAGAUUUCAAGGCACUCUUCUCUCAGGCCACUGCACGGUUCUAAGCAUCGAGUAUUUACCGUGCAUUUACUUGUUUGCAUGAUGCCUGCUUUAAUUAUUAAUGGAUUCGAAAAUGUAACCAAUUCAUCGAAAUAAUGUAUUACAUACAAUAUUAGAAUUCAUAUCGAAAAGUUUGAGGUCACUUAUUUCUCUGUCGA